GAUGGGCCAGGAGGUUGAGGAAGAUGGCGGAAGCAGAAGUGUCGUUUGAAGUUGAAAGCACAUUGAGUACAGUUAGUGAGUGGACAACAGUGGAGUCAAAGAAUGGAGGAAAAAAAGCUAAAAUUGUUGUGGAAAAUGAGUCUGAUGAAUCGUUUCUUGUUGGAGUACGUUUUUUGGAUAAUGAUGAUAAUAUUUGGGAAACUCUUUUGAAGUCACGAAGAUGGUGAAGAAGGCUUUGGGAAAAGUGGAUGCAGUCAAAGUAACCAGGAGUGGUAUGGUGUUGAUAUCAUGUAGUCAUAGUAACCAGGAGCGGUAUGGUGUUGAUACCGUGUAGUCAUAGUAACCAGGAGCGGUAUGGUGUUGAUAUCGUGUAGUCAUAGUAACCAGGAGUGGUAUUGUGUUGAUAUCGUGUGUAUCUAAAGAGCUAAAGGAGUGUACAUUGUGGCUCGCGGAAUUAUCGACGCAUGAAUUGAACAGCUUUGAUUUUCAGAGCAGGUCUCCGGUAAAAUAUGUUAUCUCUGGCAUCCCGUUGGACAUUGAUAAUCAAUAUCUUAGCCAACAAAUUCCAUGAGUAGAUCAUAUUUGAUAUGAAAAUCAUUAUUACUUACAAACCAAUGGGUAAAAUAUAAUAUCCUAUUCAUAAAGAGACUUAAUUAAGUUGCGCAAUGUACGCAUCUAGCGCAGCCAUGGCGGUCUUGAGAACUCCCAAUGUCUAUUCUCGCGGCGACAACGCAUAUCGCGUUCUCAUAUAGGGUGUUCUCUAGCUAGCUAGCUACAUCAAAAACAAGAGCUGUCAACUUUCAAAAUCAAGUGUCAAGCCUUCCAUGUCCGAACCCAAGUCCACAGAGUCCCCGGGUUCUGGCUGUGGUGUUCCAGCCCAGAGAAGCUCACAGCGGGGUCCAGAGAUGGUGUCAUUGAAGCUGGAAGACUGCAGUCAAACACUGGAACUCAAUGUGAUUGUCAAAGAGGAGGAGGAGAGAGAAGUGAAAGAGGUUGAUCAGAGAGCUGUCAAAGAGGAAGUGGAGAUGGCAGUCAAAGAAGAGCAUGAGGAGAGAACAGUCAUAGAAGAAGAAAAAGAAGAGGAGAAUAUAAGCAUCAAAGAAGAGGUGGAGGAAAGAGCAGUGAAAGAAGAAGAGAACAAGGAAGGAGCUGCUCAACGUCUAGGAACUAAAGAAGUAGAUAGUAUCACUGACCCAGGAGAGAUCUCCAACCCAGGUUCAGACAGUGAGCCCAGUUCCACAGCAUCAGGAAACCAUAAUCAACACAGACGGAGGAACUCAAGACAGAAACAUCAUCGCUGCAUGGACUGCUUCACUAGUUUCUAUGAGCCAGAGGAGUUGAGAAGGCACACUUGUAAGCCCCGACCCUGUUCAGAUUGCCAAGGCAGUUUUAUUUGUCCAAUUCACCUCAAAUCACACCAACAAAGUCUCAAAAUAAAGAAGAUGUACCCGUGUGGUCAAUGUGGGAAGAGAUUUCAGACACCAAGCAACUUGAAGAUGCACCAGCUUACUCACACAGGAAAGAAGUCGUACCACUGCUUUCAGUGUAGGAAGACUUUCGGUUGGUCAUUCAAUUUGAAGAGACACCAGAAAAUACACACAGGGGAGAAACCUUUCCACUGCUCCCAGUGUGGAAAGAGCUUCAGUCAGACAGGAGACCUAAAGAAACAUCAGAGAAUACACACAGGAGAGAAGCCGUACCACUGCUCUGAGUGCGGGACGAGCUUCAGUAUAGAAGCAAAUCUAAAGGAGCACCAGAAAAUACAUACAGGAGAGAAGCCUUUCCACUGCUCCCAAUGUGGAAAAAGCUUCAGUCGGUUAAGAGAACAAAAGAAACAUCAGAGAAUACACACAGGGGAAAAGCCAUACAGCUGUGAUCAGUGUGGGAAGAGUUUCAGUCAAACAGGAGUCCUAAAGAGACACCAGCUAACUCACACAGGAGAAAAGCCUUUCAAAUGCUCCCAGUGUGGGAAGGAUUUCAGUCAGUCAUCACUUUUGAAGAGACACCAGUUAACUCACACAGGAAAGAAGCCUCACCACUGCUCUCAUUGUGGAAAAAGUUUUAAAUUGGAAGGAAGCCUUCAGAGUCAUCAGAGAAUACACAAUGGAGAGAAGCCCCACCACUGCUCCCAAUGUGGGAAGGCUUUCAGUCAGGCAGUAGACCUAAAGAAACAUCAGAGAAUACACACAGGGGAGAAGUCUUUCCACUGCUCUCAGUGUGGGAAGACUUUCGAUCGGUCAUUAUUUUUGAAGCGACACCAGAGAAGACACACAGGGGAGAAGCCUUUCCACUGCUCACAAUGUGGGAAGACCUUCAGUGAGAAAGGAAAUCUAAAGCAACACCAGAGAAGACACUCGGGAGAGAAACCGUACAGCUGUGAUCAGUGUGGGAUUUGUUUUAAAUGGAAACAAAGCCUGAAGGAACAUCAGGAGGCAAAGCACAGUGCAGUGCCCAGCACUGACCUUAUAAUGGAGUUGCCAAGCUGGGCAUCUACAUAUCUAACUAAUAUUGACUGACUAUUUUUGUAAUUAUUCUCAAACUUUUUUAAAUAUAUAUUUGACCUUUUAACACUUAUUUAGACAGCCAAAAACACAGGUGGCGACAGGAAAUUGGUAGGGUGGACACAGGAAUUGAAAACCGGUCUCCAGUGGGGAGGAGAGUACAUGCAACUGGCUGGGAGUGUUAAAGCUAUACAACAGGUUAUUAUUCUGUGACACUUGAAGUUCAUUUUUAAUAUUCUCAUAUGGAAAUGUACUAAAGAGUUAUGGCAUGUGGAUCAUAUCCUCCAGAAAUCCAUUCAGUUUCUAUCUGCAUAAGUCAAUACUUUCUGAACUAAACUUCCAUUAUAUCAAUUCCACCUGCAAGACACACACCUCUCGGGAACAUUUUAUGUGCACAUUGAUGUCAUUUCACCAGACUGCACAUGUAUCUGCUUAAUGUAACAGUUUCUCUGGGUGAUUUGUGAUGUUUUACUUGUGCUUCCCGUGACUGUGUUUUUCUAUUUGAAUGUGUAUAUUUAUAUUGUAUUAUACAGGGCACAUUUAGAAAAGAGACCUAGGUCUCUAUGUCUUCCCAGGUAAAUUAAAGGUAAAUACAUCACUAAUAAUAAUGACCUGAUUAAAAAGUAGAGGACAGACAUAAGGGAAGGCUGUUGUCUGUAUUAACCAGUGAUCUACUAUAAUGCAGGGUAUAAUGUAAAGUAAAAAUAAUGACAAGAUAAGCACGUUUAUUUUGGUUUUAUUCACCAUGCAGACAAUGGGUUCCAUCAGCUUGUUG